AUGCCGGCUUUAACAGUACAAACAAAUGUAGCUGACAAUGAAAUAACAAAUGAUUUUCUUAAACAACUUAGUGCAAAAGUAGCACAAGCGCUUGGCAAACCUGAAGGAUAUGUUACUGUUCAUGUUUCAGCAGGUCAAAAAUUAUUCUUUUCCGGUACAAGUGAUCCAGCUGCCCUUAUGGAACUUACUUCAAUCGGAUUACCAACGAAUCAAACAGCCAAAAUUAGUAAAGAAAUUAUGGGUCUCUUUGAAGAAAAACUUAAUAUUAAAGCAGAUCGAAUGUAUAUAAAAUUUACAAACAUUGCUGGCAAUAUGAUGGGUUGGAAUAAAGGAACAUUCUAA